UUGAAUAACCCCAUAAAUAGCAAAUCUUUUAGACGUUCUUAUAGUUAAAGGCUUUUCCUCAUAAUAAUUUCAAUCACAAACAAUGUCGCUGUCGCGUCUGCGUUUGCGUUUUCUCUCUAUACUCUUACUCUUCGCUUCAAGCUUCUUGAUGAUCAAUGCUCUUCCUUGUCGUCCCGACCAGAUCCAAGCUCUAAUGCAAUUCAAGAAUGAGUUUGAAUCCAACGGUUGCAACCGCAGUUACUAUCUCGAGGGAGUCCGGUGCGAUAACAAGACUGGUGCGGUCACAAAGCUACAGCUCCCAAGUGGCUGCUUCACUGGAACUCUCAAACCAAACAGUAGCCUCUUUGGAUUUCAUCAUCUUCGUUACCUUAAUCUCUCUCACAACAACUUCACAUCAUCUUCACUUCCUUCUGAAUUCAGCAAUCUCAACAGAUUAGAGGUUUUGUCUCUUGCCUCUAAUAGCUUCGUUGGUCAAGUUCCUUCCUCAUUUAGUAACCUUAUUUUACUUACACAUUUAAACCUUUCACACAACGAGCUCAUUGGUAGUUUCCCACCUUUAAGAAAUCUCACCAAGCUCUCUUUUUUAGACCUUUCUUAUAAUCAAUUCUCAGGAACCAUACCUUCUGAUUUACUACUCACUAUGCCCUUCUUGUCUUUUCUUGAUCUGAAAAAGAAUAUUCUCACUGGCACAAUUCAAGUUCGCAACUCUUCUUCUUCUUCAUCUAGGCUAGUGUAUUUAUCCCUUGGGCAAAACCAAUUCGAAGGGCAAAUCCUUAAGCCUAUUUCAAAGCUCAUCAACCUAAACCAUCUUGACGUUUCUUCCCUAAACACAAGCUACCCUAUUGACUUAAACAUCUUCUCUCCUCUCAAAUCUUUGUUGGUGCUUUAUCUUUCUAAAAAUAGGUUAUUACCAGCCAGUCUAAAUUCUUCAGACAUCCCAUUGAGCUUAGAAAGCCUGGUUAUGGCACGAUGUAACAUUACUGAGUUCCCAAACAUCUUAAAGACUCUUCAAAACUUGCAGCAUAUAGACAUUUCCAGCAAUAGAAUCAAAGGGAAAAUCCCUGAGUGGCUCUGGAAACUUCCUCGUCUUUACCUAGUGAAUCUUGUUAACAAUUUUUUCACCGGUUUCGAAGGUUCUUCAGAAGUUCUACUUAACUCAUCAGUGCAGUUACUCGACUUUGCCUAUAACUCCAUGACAGGAGCAUUUCCUCUUCCACCACCUAACAUCAUCUACUUGUCUGCUUGGAACAAUAGUUUCACAGGGAACAUACCUCCAUCAGUUUGCAACCGAAGCUCUCUCAUUGUUCUUGAUCUAUCCUACAAUAACUUCACCGGUCCAAUUCCUAAAUGUUUGAGUAACUUAAAGAUAGUGAAUCUCAGGAAGAACAGCUUGGAAGGAAGUAUCCCUGACGAGUUCUAUAGCGGCGCUUUGACACAGACGCUUGACGUUGGCUACAAUCAGCUAACCGGGAAGCUUCCAAGAUCGCUUUUAAACUGCUCCUUUCUGAAGUUUCUAAGUGUUGAUCACAACAGAAUUGAUGACACAUUUCCUUUCUGGCUCAAGGCUCUACCCAAUCUGCAAGUCUUUACUCUCCGUUCAAACAGAUUCUUUGGCCAUCUCUCUCCACCUGAUCAAGGUCCUCUUGCGUUUCCUGAGCUGCGGAUACUUGAACUGUCGAAUAACAGCUUCACCGGAAGCUUGCCUCCAAGUUACUUUGUGAACUGGCAAGCAUCAUCAUUCAAGAUAGAUGAAGAUGGGCGUAUUUAUAUGGGAGACUACAAGCAUGCUUAUUAUGUCUAUGAAGACACCAUAGACUUGCAAUACAAAGGUCUAUUCAUGGAGCAAGGAAAGGUCCUUACUUCUUACAGCACCAUUGAUUUCUCUGGUAACAAACUUCAAGGACAGAUUCCUGAGUCCAUUGGUCUCUUGAAGGCAUUGAUUGCGCUCAACUUAUCGAACAACGCCUUCACAGGCCAGAUUCCUCUGUCUUUGGCAAAUGUUACGGAGCUCGAGUCACUAGACCUGUCAAGAAACCAACUAUCAGGGAAUAUUCCAAGAGAACUCGGGAGUCUCUCGUUUUUGGCGUACAUAAGUGUAGCUCAUAACCAGCUCAAAGGAGAAAUACCACAAGGACCACAGUUUAGUGGGCAAGCUGAAUCAUCGUUUGAAGGGAAUGCAGGUCUUUGUGGUCUCCCUCUACAAGAAAGUUGCUUUGCACCACCAACACAACAGCUUAAGGAAGAAGACGAAGAAGAGGAAGGAGUGCUAAACUGGAAAGCAGUGGUUAUAGGCUAUGGGCCUGGACUGUUGUUUGGAUUGGUUAUAGCGCACGUUAUUGCUGCAUACAAGCCAAAGUGGUUCGUCAAGAUUGUUGGUCCAGAUAAGAGCAAGGAGGUAAAUCCAGUUAGAUUGUUUUUGUCUAUGGAUUCAAGAUGUGACAGUUUUAAUAACACGAAUAACGUAGAACCAGAAAGUGAUAUGUAAAAUUAGUAUAUGGAUAUGUUGUUUACCUGAUGUAAGUAAGAAAAGGUUUUUA